AGCACACACACGCGGACACGCCCCCCAAGCGAGGAAGCGUCAAAAACCCAAAUCCAAACCUCGCCGCACACCACCUGAUCGAUCAAAUAGCGCCGCGCCGGCCCGAACCGGAGCACCGCGCCGCCACCCAUGAGCUUCCUCGCCGGCCGCAUCGCCGCCGCCAAGGAGGGCGCGUACUUCCUCCAUGAGUCAAAGACCGCCGUGGGCCGCCUCGCUGAGAAGCUCCCGGCAUCCGCUUCUGCGCCCGGCGGGGCGUCGGCGCCGCCCUCCCCCGACGUGCUCCCGGAGAUCCUCCGCCACUCCGUGCCCAUCAGGGGGACGCCGCCCCCGGCCCAACCCUCCCUCUCCGCGUCCUCCCGCUGGGCGAUCCCACCGGGUAGCGCCGAGGCCGCGGGCGUCCACCCCGACGCGCUCAACCCGCUCCGUUCCUACGUCUCGCUGCCGCAGGCCACCUUCGGCCCCAGAAGAUGGCAGCUUCCAACCGAGCAACCUAACUACUUGGCGUCAACAGCCAAUGAGAGGCGGCGGGAUAGGAACCCACCUCCCAUGGACCCUGAGAAGUUGAAGGCCGUAAUUGCUGGAUAUUCGCAGAUUGGGAAGGCAUUUCUUGCUGCAACUAUUUUGGUGUUCGGAGGAGCAACAGCUGUGCUGUUUUACACAGCAAAUAAGCUACAGUUGCAUUCAGUAGACGAUGUUAAAACUAAAGGAAAGGAUGCAUUGCAGCCUCGAGCCGAUAUGAUUAAGGAACAAAUAGCUCCAUUAAGAAGCUGGGCUGAAGAGAUGUCCCGAAAAUGGCAUUUUGAAGGUGAUAAAGAAGCUAAGGAGAAGUCCGUCUUCAUUAGGGAGCUUUCAAGAGCACUGGGCUCUAGGGCUCCCCCUAGUUGAUCAACAGUGAUAGACAGUUGUUGCUCCCACUAGAAGAUUAAGUCACCCACAUGUUGUACCCCUCGAUAUAGUUUCCAUAUGUUUGUGUAUAGGGAAACAGUACAUAUUGAUAUAUAUACUGAAUAAAAAAGCGUGCCCCUUCUGAUCUGUGUGAUGCCUACCCCUAUAUCUAUAUGUUGUUAUA